AUGGGAGCUGGUGCCUCUUCCAGUACGCGCAACUGGCUCUGCAGUGCCAGUGCGGCGGAGUUGGGCCAGGCGGCACGAGGCCUGAAUGAGACCGAGCGAGAAAAGCUCCGGGCAGCUGUGCAACUGCUCGAGGCGUCGUCAGAUCCCGACCUCCUCGGAGAUGCCUUUGUGAAGGGAGAAGAGGUCCUCUUCCUCUGGUCCGAACCCUCGGGCGGCGUUCCAGACUUCAUGCUCCAGCAGGUCAACGAACAGCUUCUCACAAUCGCCGGCCUCGAUGGCCGCUGGGAACAGACCGUCUUCGAGCGUGAAAACCCAGAUGGUACCCUUGUACUGAAGCCCAAGUUUUAUGGCAGCCGCAAAAUGGACAGCAUUGAGCGGGAGCUUGUGAGGCGCUACCCUUACGGGAUGCGACCACCCGAUCUCUCAGGCAUCACGUUGGGCCAGCUCCAGCGGCUGCAUGCUGCACACAGGGUGUGGCUGGAGGAGCCCAGGUGGAACGAGUUCACGAGGCAGAUGCAGAUGCCGACCAUGUAUGACGUUGUCCCUGCAAUCAUCAAGCCGGCGACUGAACGCACCAGAGGCUCCUACGUCGAGCUCUACACUCAGAAGGCCGUUGAGGUGUUUGUCUCCCAUUGGUGGGGAGGUGAGUUUGUGGAAUUCGUGGCGUCCCUGAGUUAUUCUGCGGAGCAGCUGAUUCAUGAUGAUGUUGGCGGACUGUCCAGACCACGGCGCGGCUGCAAAGAAAUGGAGCGAAGCGCCGACUCCAUUGUGUUCUGGAUUUGCUCUUUUGCCAACGCUCAAUGGACUGUCAACCUUGGCAGCUCUCUACGGGAGUCUCCCUUUGAGAUUGCGCUGGCAUCCAAAACUUGCAAAGCGGUGGUCAUGGUAAUGGACGAGAUGGCCAUGCCGCUGACAAGGAUAUGGUGCAUAUACGAGGUCUUAAGAACCGGCGUGCUCCGGCAUCCUUUCUACGUCGCUACGCAGCACGGUAUCCUGGUCGGGGAGCGCGUGCGUGAGAGCCCGCCACUGGCUGCCUCGCUCCUGGCGCUGGCGGAGCGCCUUUCGGAGCUGCGGCCGCAGCAUGCAGCUGCUAGCAACGCGCAGGAUCAUGUGGUCAUCAUCAACGAGGUCUCCAGCGCUGUAGGGAUUGAGCAGUUCGCUUUGGCUGUUCAAGCCAGCCUGUUCGAGGUGUUGCGCAAGGCAGGCUACGCGGUCUACUCCCGAAACUGGCGCUUGAAUUUCAAACUGCUGCAAGUGCACCGUGAAGCAGUACGAGAGGUCUACUGGCUACAGCCUGGGACCAAUCGCAACCGUCGUGCAUACAGGCCUCCGACUGAAGCACUUCCAGGGCGGACACGGUUGCAUCGAGCUGCACAGGAGGGCGACAUGGAAGCGCUGCGACAGGAGUUCUGUUGGGACCAAGCGCUCUUGGAGAAAGUCCGUGUGGCACUUGAGGAGCUGCAGCCGCUGAAGAGAUCCUUCGACAACUACCGGGAGCGUAUGCAGAAGGAGGCAGAGGUUCGAGGACUCAACGACCAAGUGAUGGACCGCGAGGAUGAGCUUGGCCAGAAGGCGCUCCAUCUGGCGGCGCGGUACUGCCGGGAUGCGGAGGCCCUUGAGCUGAUGGCUCAGCAAUGGCCGCACCAUGUGCGGCAGCGUGACAAGUUUGGACGGCUUCCACUUCACCGCGCUGCGGAGUCAGGUUGUGCGGCGGCCUUGGCAAGCAUUCUUCCUCUGUACGAUGCUCGGGACCUGGCCAAGGAGCUUGACAAGAAGCAGCACAGCUGCCUGGACCUUGCAGUCUUGUCUGGCAGUACUGAAGCUGUCGACUUUCUUCUCCAGAAGAGGGCAGUCGCCACGCACAGUAACAAGCGAACGCCCCUCCACUUGGCCGCGCAGUGGAACCAUGUCGAGAUUUUGCAGGAUCUUGCGGCGCGGGGUUUUCCGGACACGGGCGACUGUGAUGGCACUCACCCGCUGCACCUUGCCACCAGGUUUGGGCACGAAGAGGCGGCGAAAGCCCUGAUAGGACUCCGUGCCGAUGUGGCUGCCAAGACAGUGUUUGGCCGCACCUCCUUGCACUGGGCAGCGCUGAACGGUCAUGUGAAGAUGGCAGAGCUGCUUCUGGAGAGCAGAAGCCCACCUGAUGAAUGUGACGGGGCAGGGUGGACAGCAUUCCACUGGGCACUCAGGCGCGGCCACGACGAGUGUGCUCGUGCGCUGCAGCGGGGUGGCGUCGAUGUCCACAGCCAGGACCUGCGCAGCGGUCGCAAUGCUUUGCAUAUCGCCGCGGCCUCCGACUCGGACCCCAUGAUCCUGGAGGACCUCCUCAGCUGGGGCUUGAAGCUGAAGGAGACGGAUGUAGCACAGAAGCUACCUCUGCAUCUCGCUGCACAGUGGGGCAAGAUUCAGCACGUUGCGAAGCUGUUGCAGAUGAACAGUGAUGUGGAAGCACGCUGCAGCCAUCAGCGAACUGCACUGCAUCUUGCUGCUCGGCGAGGGCAUGCCAGCGUUUGCCGCAAGCUCGCGAUGGAGGGUGCUGACCUCUAUGCGGCCGACGCCAAUGGCGCCAUGCCCUUCACCGUUGCUUGCAGGUUUGGACAAUUCGAUGCUGUUCUUGCCUUGAUCGGAUGUCAGAUUGAUGCCAACAGCAAGGAGAAGGAUGGCAUGACCGCCUUACAUUGGGCAGGGCAUUUCGGCCAAACCCCGGUCAUUCGAAGCCUCAUCGAGCUGCGGGCAGAUGUUACAGCCGUGACACGAUAUGGCCGAAAUCCGCUGCAUUGUGCUGCGAUCGCAGGACAACAGGAGGCGGCCAUUGCGCUCAUCAAGCGGAGGAGUGAUGUUCACCACCGCCAGAAGGAUGGCUGGAUGCCGAUCCAUUUGGCCAGUCGCUUCAAUCACAGACAGGUGAUCAUGGCUCUCGUCGAAUACAGGGCGGACCCCAAUGCCAGAGGAGUGAACGGGAAGACUCCGGGCCAGUGCUAUGCCCAGCAGGGUGGCUCACUGUAUGGUGUCUUUGACGAGCUGCAGCAAGAUGAUAGUGGGCGCAACGCCCUGCACACUGCAGCGAUCCAUGGCCACGAGCUGUCCUUCUCUCAGUAUCACAUGACAGAGUUUAAUCCUGCCGGUGUGCAGCUGAUCAAUGGCCUGGCAAUUGGAGAUGCGCAGGGGCGGACACCCCUCCAUCUGGCAGCAGCCUUCGGCCGACACCGUGUGGUGAAAGAGAUUCUCGAGAGAUUCGUGGAUGACGAUGGGAAUUUCAACAAGCGCUGGCAUCGACCGAAGUCUCGCUACCACCACUUCCGGAACGGCCCAAAGCAGGAUGAAGAGGAGGAAGAAGAAAGUGGUCCGGAGCCACCGCUGCCCAUCCUCGUGCGGGAUCGCAAGGGCCGGCUUCCGCUGCACUCUGCCGCGCAGGGCGGAUUCCCGAUGGUAGUCGGCCAGCUGGUUUCCUUCAUGAUGGACAAGUUGGACUGCUCAGUGGCAGACAUCUUGCGGCCUGACGACCAGGGAGCCUCGGCGCUCGACCUUGCAUGCCGCAGACGCGAUGAUGCAGCUGCCAGGCGCCUUGCGGAGAAGCUGAGUGUGGAGCUGCCAGCGACUUCGAGGUGGCAAGGGAAGCUACUCGCCAAUGGUGACGAGGUGUGCAUCAAGCAAGCCCUGCAGCUGGGAGAGCACGAGCUGCCCAAAGGUAUGCUCGGAAGAGUCAAGAGUGCAUCUGACAGUGCGGUGGAGCUGCAGUUCACAGUGGGCACUGCAGGAUGGCUGACUUGCACCGACUUCUCGCAGCACUGCGUCGGCAAGCGGAGGUAUAUCGUCAAUGCCUCCAACUUCCGCAAACGCUUGAAGGGCAAUCGAAACCUGCGGUUGUCGAAGCAGGCCUUCAUGCCCGCAAGUCUGCAGCAGCUGAAUUCCACAGAAGACGACGAUGCUGUUCCAGAGUUGCCGUCUGAGAGUUCGGCAGAUGUGGAGGAAGGCUGUGUUCUGGAGGGCUUCGACCUCGGCGACGGUUGGCUUCAGCUGUGCAACGGUGGCUGGCUGCCCACGCAUAUCCAAUCCAAGAGCUCCAGGGGCAUCUCGGUGCUCACAACGUGGAGUGGUCCAUCCAUCAAGAUUGGUGAUGUCGUGAAGACGAUCAAGGAGCUGACGCUGCCUUCUAAUCGGGUCUUGAAGAAAGAUUCAAUUGGCAUAGUCCAACGCCUGAUCUCGGAUGCAGCAAGAGUGAAGUUUGACGGGGCCAAAGGCGGUUCCGCGAUCUCGUUGCCUGACACUGCCUUUGCUGAGCAUGUGGAAGUGACGGGCUAUCGUUGCAUCAUGGAGGAGCCACCCAUGGAAGGCCCGCCAGAAGGCUUCCUUGUCAAACACACACAUCUUGGCUGCGGAGCUGUGCAGCUCCUCAAGAUCUCGCGGCACGAUUCUGAGCGAGGCUGGAAAAUCGGCUUCUCCGUCAUCUUCGGUGAUGGCUCACGGAGCCAGCUGCCUGCAGAUCGUCGUGGUAUACGACUCAUUGCCGUGCCUCCCCGCCCCGAGGAAGUUGCUGCCUACCUGCAGCUGAAGGAGCAGACGCUGCGACGGAAGAUCCCGGACUCAGCAGCGGCAUAA